GCUGCGGUGGCGACCGGGCCGUUGGGGAGGGGCUAGUGGGGGAGGGAGACGGCGCAGUGACAGGACCGCCGAGGGUGCUGCUGAGGCGACGAUGGCAGAGGGGCCGGAGGAAGUCCGAGGCCGCCCUCCCGGGCAGGACGACGGCGGAGGGGACCCCGAGCCCGUCCCUUCCCUGAGAGGCCCUCCUGCCGCCGCCGCCCCACGCCCCCGGGACGGGCCGCAGGCCGAACCACAGGCCCCGGGCCGGCCCCCAGCCCCGGGCCUCGCGCUAGCUGCGGCCGCCGCCGAGGAGUCGGAGCCGCCGCGCGAGUCCGGGAAGUGCGGGGAGGCGGCCCCCGGCUCCAGUGCGGGGCCGCAGGAGCCGGCAGGCCGCGAGGCGCCCGAGGCCGGCGCGCCGCGAGAGAGGCCGGCGCGGCUGAGCGCCCGCGAGUACUCCCGGCAGGUGCACGAGUGGCUGUGGCAGUCCUACUGCGGCUACCUCACCUGGCACAGCGGCCUGGCCGCCUUCCCCGCCUACUGCAGCUCCCAGCCGCCCCCGCCGAGCUACCCCUCGGGCGGAGGCGCCGCCGCCCCCCAGCCCGCGGCGCCGCCGCCCCCCCAGCUGGGUUAUUACAACCCCUUCUACUUCCUGAGCGCCGCGGCCGCCGGGCCCGACCCGGGGGUGGCCACCGGCGUCACCACCGCUGCUCCCGUCGCGGGCCUGGGACCCCGGGCUCCGCAAGGGCAGGGAUCCGUCCGCUCAACCCCAGUGACCAGAGUGGGAUCGGCCGCUCCUUCGCGAACCCCGAGCGAGACCGGGCGGCAAGCAGGCAGAGAGUAUGUUAUUCCAUCCUUGGCCCACAGAUUUAUGGCAGAAAUGGUGGAUUUCUUUAUUCUGUUCUUUAUAAAAGCAACGAUUGUCUUAAGUAUUAUGCACCUCAGUGGAAUAAAGGAUAUCUCUAAGUUUGCUAUGCAUUAUAUAAUAGAAGAAAUAGAUGAAGACACAUCAAUGGAAGACUUGCAGAAAAUGAUGAUUGUGGCUCUUAUAUACAGAUUAUUAGUUUGUUUCUAUGAGAUAAUCUGCAUUUGGGGAGCAGGCGGAGCCACCCCCGGGAAGUUCCUGCUGGGGCUUCGAGUUGUGACCUGUGAUACAUCAGUGCUUAUUGCACCGAGUCGGGUUUUAGUGAUUCCUUCCUCAAAUGUUAGCAUUACAACGUCCACUAUACGAGCUUUGAUCAAGAACUUUUCUAUUGCUUCUUUUUUCCCUGCUUUCAUCACACUGCUGUUUUUUCAGCAUAAUCGAACAGCCUAUGACAUUGUAGCAGGAACCAUUGUGGUAAAGAGAAAUGGGGUCAGAUGAUGCCCCUGAAUUCCAUACUCUCUGGAAUGAUGACAAGACUAAAUUAUGUAUCAAGGCCAUCAGUAUCCCUGGGUUACACUAAUUGAUGAUUUAGAAAUUAAAGCAGUCGCUCCAGUGUGAUGCAGGUGACUAUUCUGAAAGUAUUGAUAUUACUUGAAUGCCAAAGAACUUUUCCAGAAGAAAAAUCUGUUAAAUUUAAAUGUUAAAAAUUUUUAGAUUGAAAAGAAGGCAAGUGAUUUUAUAAUCAACAAUGGACAAUAUAUACUUUCUUAAGAUCUAAGGCAUUAGAAUUUGCUGAAAGCAUUUUCAGCUCUGAAAUCUCCAGAUGAAACUUAAAAAAUUUUGGUUUAUCCCAGAAUGAUGGAAAAGUCCAGUUGUGUUUUGUAAACACAUUAACUCAUAUUUUAGUCACUUCUUGGGGCAAUUGUUGUCUUUGCUUUUGGGGAGGGGGGUGGGGACACAAAUUUGAUAACCCGCUUAUCUCCCACUCUGGGAGGAAGUGAGUCAGCUGCAAGAGAGAGGGGCAAAGGAGGCAGGCCUAGGUUCCCUUACUGACGUUCUCAGAUCUGUACUGCAAUGCAUUGUGGGAAUGAUGCCACUUUACAAGUAUCGUUACUGUUCUAACAUGUAUUUGGGGCAAGUUUUGCAUGAUGAUGAAAAAGUAUUAAGUCAUUUUGCUGUAUUCAUUUUUUUAAAGAAAAGGUAAGUUAGUGAUUGCUUUUGGUGGGGGGAGGGGGGUCCUAAAUUUUCACCAUAAAUUAAAAUUACAAUUCAUGUGCAAGUGUUUUUAGUGCCCUAAAUCAAACUAUAUGUGGGGGGAAAUUAUUCGUCAAAUUGUUGCAUAUUUACUGUAAAACAACAUUCCCAGUAUGUGUGCAGCAUGAAGAAAGUGUUAGUGCUUUUCAGUGUUCUAAUAGAACUUCUGUUUCUAUAAGGAUAUUUACACACUAGGUAGUUUCCUUUUAUAUUUUAUAUAGUUCUAGGACUUUUGAAACCUCAAGGAGUUAAAUAAUCAUAGUAUUUCAUGGUAAAAUACUAGGUAGCUUAUUAAAUAUUAGCGAUUUUCCCAUUAUGAACUAUUCUAAAACAAGGACAGGUACUUCCAGACAUUUUUCUAAGUUCUUUGGGCCAAAACCUCACUUUGGGGCUGCCAGGGAUGGUGUCUUGAGGGAAAUGUUAAGUAACAGUUUGUGUAUUGCCAUUUUAAUUUAUUCUUCUACUGAGGCAAAGCUUAGUGUUUUAAGUAUGUGUGCAUGUUUUGUUAGAUGGCCCUGUUAGCUGUGUUGAGAGAAUACCUGAAAAAGUUUUAUUUCUUAGGCGUUUUCUCCAACCCUGAUACUAUUUUCCCAAAAAACACUAACCUCUGUUGGACACUUCAUAAUUAGAUUGCUUAAAAAUCUUGACUUUUUUUUUGGUCUUUGAUAGCGAAUGAAAGACAGGUAUAUUAUCACUGUAUCAGUUUUUAAAGUGGGUUUUUUCUUUAAAACUGAAAGUAUUCACAUUUGAUGUCUAUAGAAACCUUAACAGUGUCCUUAUUAAUACCUUUUUAUCAUAAAAUUUCAUAAGCCAUGUUUUUCAAAAUAAUUUUACAUUAAAUUCAACACCACAGAAAGCCUGUCCGUUAAGUGCGUCCAGGUACUCGACAAAUCAUUCACUUGUUGCCCCUGGGAAGAUAUUUAGCUUGACGGCCCUUCAGGGUAAGUGUUACCCAAACGUACCACUCAGUAGUGUACUACAUUAGCAUUGGUGGAUACACUAUUUUUGCCACUGCUGGGGGAGAUCCAGUUGCAAUGUCCUUCAGCCAUGUAGCUCUGGAGAUCUUUAUAAUUUCCUCUCAGAAAAUUGGAAGGUUCACCGUCUAGGCUAUUUCAAUGUAUACAAACAAAAGCAAGUCAUGUCACCCAGUUUAACUUCUUAAAAAAUUGCAUAUUUUCCGUAUCUGAGUUGUUCAGAAUCAUAUCUAUGUAGGUUCAUUUAGGUCCAUCUUAGGGUUCAAGUUACAUAGCCCGAUAAAAAAGUAUUCCUGCUUUGCCUUU